AUGUUCUACACAAAUGUAACAAGGAUAAAAGAUUUCUUCAUCGUUGGAUUUCCUGGACUUUUACCAGAGCAUUAUGGUCCUGUGUCGGCCCUGCUUUUUGUACUCUUCUUGGCCAUAGCUGUGGGAAAUAUUUUCAUUUUAGCGUUUGUUAAAUAUGAACAGUCUCUUCACAAACCCACCUAUCUGAUCUUUUGCCACCUUUCAUUAUGUGACUUUGUGUUUGGGUGUGUUACUCUUCCAAAGAUUAUACUAAAAUAUUGGCUUGAUGAAAGCAUUAUUUCAUUUUAUGGUUGCUUUGCACAAAUGUAUUUUGUUCAUUUUUUAGGGGCAACUCAUUCUUUCAUCCUGAUGGUGAUGGCCCUUGACCGUUUUAUUGCAGUUUGUGUUCCACUGCGUUACACAGCUCUGUUCACAAACACCACAGUGUCUGUGCUUUGUGGAAUAUCAUGGUUUAUGCCAAUAACAUGGAUGGUGGGUAUAGUUUUAGAUGCUCUUGCAUUGCCUUUUUGUAAUUCAAAUAUAAUUUUACAUUGCUAUUGUGACCAUUUAUCAAUAACUGGACUUGGAUGUGAGAAUGUACGAAGAGUUCAGCUAGUUGGACUUGGUCUUGCCAUGUUCAGUUUGUUGGUGCCUCUGGGUUUUAUUAUAUUCUCUUAUUUUGUCGUCAUUGUUGCUGUAAUUCGUAUGUCCAGCUCUGAAGGCCGCCUCAGGACUAUGUCUACCUGCAUGCCACAGCUCCUUAUCACGUUUCUGUAUUAUAUGCCGCGGUGCUUUGUGUACCUGGCAAAUAAUGUAGGUUUCACUUUCAGUGCUCCAGUUCGCAUUGUUGUUGUGAUGCUGUACAGUCUUUUACCUGCUGCUGUCAACCCGAUAAUAUAUUGUUUCAAAACCAAGGACAUCAAAGAAUGCUUGAAGAAGAAAUUCUUCACUAGGAAAAUUAAGAUUAGCACAAAAAAUUGAUCAAAUACAAUCCAGCAGUGUACAGUUAAAUAACAUAGAUUGACAUUGGGCAAUUAAGGAAGUGAUCUGUUGUUUUAUUUUACUGUUCUAAGUGUACCACUUCCCCUGAGUUUUAGAAUAAAUUUUAAGACAUUGCUUCUAACUUUUAAAGCUGCACAUCAAGCUCCUAAUUACAAUUUAUAAAACCCUAGCAUGCUGAGACCCACAAGCAGGGCUUUCCUCAUUGUUCCGAGGGAUGACUAAGCAUUUAGUUUUGGGUCUCUCGCUCUGGAUUAAAAAACACUUCAGCACUUCAUUUUGACAGCCUGUUGUA